ACCCCCUUAAAGCACAAACAAGUAUUUGCUUUCCCACCUUUUGUUAAAUUAUUUUACUUUGAUAUCUAUUUUUUCCUUUGUGGGCAUUAUGGGAUUAGUUGUUGAUUUCCCAGGAUGCAAAAUUGAGGUACAUUGUAAUUUUGGUAAACACACAUUUGAUAAAAAUUGGAAUUAGAGAAGUUCAAUUGUGAAUUACUUGCUAUUCAAAUGCCUCAGCCAUGGAAAGUCUGUGCUCCAGGUGUUUAUGUUAAGACAACCAUAUGCAUGUAAACGUCUCACAACUCAUUUAAAAAUCAGUAUACACAUCGUCUUUUGUGUAUUUGUGCUCCACCCUCAGUAAAGCAACGCCCACUUACGAUACAACGAAACAUAUAUAUAUGAUAACAUUGCUUCGUUCGUCAAGCGAUCCUUGCAGCAAAAACUUCCAAGAUAUUUGGUUCGCCCUAGUUUUCUUAAUUGUAGUAACAAUGCAUCAACACUGGCUAAAGUGUAUAGUGGGGGCAUUGCUUCUGUUUGUGCUGUCCACCUGUCAGUGUGAACCAGACCACACCGACAGACAACGACCAGACGUCGGGCAAAACAAUGGCAUUCGGUAUGCAACCUGUGAAAUGAGCCCAAACUUACCGCCGGUUGAGGGUUUGCCCCAAAUCUAUGGCCGACUGCUCUUUAGGCAGGAUAAUGCUAAUGGAACGAUGAGAGUCCUUCUCUGGUUUAAUGGAUUCCCCACAGGGAGCGGGCCAGAGCCCAGGGCGUUGCACAUUCAUCAGUAUGGAAACCUGAUGAACGGGUGCGGUUUAACUGGAAAUCACUUCAACCCUGAAGGUGUCGCUCAUCCCAACCACCUGGGAGAUUUGGGAAACUUUCUGCCUCAGCAAGGUGAAAUCAGAGCAGUGUUUGAAUCUGAGGUCACGCUAUUUGGUCAUCUGUCUGUGCUUGGAAGAGCAGUCUCGAUUCACCAGGGGCGGGAUGACCUUGGCCUUGGGGGGAAUGAUGGCAGUCUGAUUCAUGGAAAUGCAGGAGUUGUACUCAGCUGCUGCGUUAUUGGGGUUACCUCCCCCGAUUUGUGGAGGGCACACAUUACGCAAAUAUGGGGAAUUUAAUGCCACAUUUUUGCUGAUAGCCAUACAUGUAGUCAACAUGCGCUGGCUGAUCUUAAAUAUCAUAAUCAUACAACUUUGCACAGGCUAAUUAGCCUGAUACACUGAUUUUUCCUGCUUUGCUUAGAAAAUGUGUGGAAAGUGUUUUGAAGAAAUUAAUAAUAAUUAAUGAUACAUUUUACAGUUAGUUCUUUCAUUACAAACAAACACAAGGACCAGUGCUUGCAAUUGAAAUACGUAGUGCAAAUGCAGUCUUUAAAUGAUGAACUAAUGUUUUUUUUGUUGUUGUUGUUAAUCAAUGAAUGCUUAUAAAUGACAGACAUAUACUUGGCUUCAGAUGACACUAAUGUGAAUGAAUAAAUUACACCGCUGAUGAAACUAUUUCAAUUGUUUGGACUUUAGAGUGGUGAUUUCUGUUCAAAUGUUAUGUAACUGUUGAAUCCUUGGUGGAGUGGUGUCUAAGUACAAUUGGAAGAGUUUUAUUUUACUUCUACAGGGAGUCUAUGAAUUAAAAAUGUUUCUUCAUAGAGGCUAUUGUUAUUUUCCACAUUUUGGUGCUGGCCCCAACAGAUAGAUUCAUAACAAUUCACUGAAACAAUGAAACUAUAUGUCUUUAUGAAAAUACUGUUAACUUGUUCUGUAGUCUAAUGCAUGUUUAAGUUUGUUUAUGCUUACGUGUUCCUAAUAAUGUAUGUUCCUUGUGGAUUAAAAUAAAAGACAAUAAAAUUAUCCAAAAUAACAAAUCAUUACAA